AUGCUUUGUGUAUGGCAGAUGCGAUGGCACCCGCGGGUGACCGCGGUCGACAUCCCCGAGCGGCCGCCGCUGAGCGAGGAGGAGCUCGCCGCGGUCCGCGCGUCCAUCGAGGAGCGGGAGCGCAUCUCGGCGGCCUACGAGGCUGGCGAGGCGGCGACGAGGGCGGCGGCGGCCGAAGCUGAGGCGGCGCGCGCCGUGGUCGCCACCAAGGGCGCCGGCUGGAAGGCGGAGGCGGCGGAGGCGGCGACCGCGGCGCUGCUCGACGAGCUGCUUGCGGCGGCGGGAGGGUCGCUUCUGGUGCGCGAGGAGCCGCCGCCAUGGGCCCGCGCUGACGCACCACACGGCUACCUCUCGGCGCUGCUGCCCUGCGGCUUCGAGCCGUACGGCGUGCCCGCGCUGCCAAAGCUCAUCAAGCUGCUCGCCGACAAGGACAAGAAGGUGGCUGAUGCGGCGACGGUCGCCGCCGAGGCGACGAUCGUUGGGCAGGCGACGAUCGAGGGCCCGUUCAGACACCUCGUUGCGCGGCUCCUGGCGAUGCUCGAGGGCCUCUCCACCCUCUCCGUCAAGGCGGUCGUCGGCGCGCUGUACGAGGGCGCCUACCCCUCGCUCACCCUACAGCCACAGGACCGAACCCACACUGGAUUCGGGACUCGGGAGGGUAUGGUCCAGACGGCCGCAGAGGAGGCGCUGCCCGUGCUCUGCUCGUGCGUGCAGAACGCCGAGGUCGCGUCGACGCUGCGCGACUUCAUCAUCGACGCGCUCAAGAAGCCGGACAAGACAUUCGAGUGCGUGGAGGAGGUGCUGAUGACCACCUUCUGCAACCCGAUGGACGGCACGUCUCUCGCCUUUAUGAUGCCGAUCAUCAUCCGCGGGAUCAAGGACGCAAACUACGAGCUCGUCAAAAAGUCGACCGUCUGCGCGUCCAACUUGUGCGCCCUCAUCAAGGAUUCGUCCGACAUCGCGCCGUUUGUGCCGCUGCUGCUGCCGCUCCUCGAGAAGAACGUCGAGCACUCGUCGCCGAACAUCCGCGAGGCGACGCAGACGGCGCGCGAGCGGCUGCUCGAAGGUGAUCUCGGGCAAUCUCGGCCAAUCUCAGGCCGCUCGCCGAUGAACAUCGUCACCGACUUGGAGCAGAGGUCCCAGCCGACGAUCGCCGCGGCCGCCGCGAGCGACUUUGUGAAAAAGUACGAGGUGAUGGCGGUGACGAUGCCGGCGGUCUGCACCGACGUCACCCACUACGACAACGGCGGCCAGCUCGGCAAGCCGUGCCGCUUCGUCUACUACCCGAUGACCUUCUCCGAGUUUCAGAAGCUCAAGCCCGAGAUCGCCGCCGGCCUCCCGCGCAUCGACAGCGGCCCGCCGAAGUCGGCCUCGCAGCCGGCGUCGGAGUGCUCCUUCAAGUACCCCGAGACGGACCGGUACAUCCUGAAGGAGGUCGACGCCACCGUCACGCUCGGCUCGCGCGCCGUGAUCGUCGGCGGCAACGGCUCAGGCCUCUCGACCCUCCUCGUGGUCGGGACAUGCAAGUCGACCUUCCUCAAGCUUCUCAUCGGCGACCUCGAGCCCGAGGAGGGGCAGGGGGAGAUGUGGAAGCACCACGCGCUGCGCCUCUCGUAUGUCGCGCAGCAGUCGCUCCACCACCUCGAGGACCACGCGCGCUUCCGGCAGGGCCUCGACGCGGAGGUGGCCAAGCUCAAGUCGAUCGCUCUCACCGACGACGAGAAGGCGGAGAUGGAGAAGGGCUCGGCCAUCUCCGCCAUCGUCGGCCGCACGACCUGCAACAAGCCGUGGUACGAGUUCCAGCAGCGCGGCAAGAUGAAGGCCGAGACGCAGUCGCUCCCGUUCGCCGAGAUCCAGCUGCGCUUCCCGCCGUACGUGCAGAAGCUCAUCAAGAACUACGACCAAAAGGCGCAGGCAAUCGAGUCCGGGAUGGCCAUCCGACCGAUCACCGAGGCCGAGGUGCUCAAGCACCUCGGCGACUUCGGCAUCGACCAGCAGCUGGCGUUCGGCAAGAUCCGCCAAAUGUCGGGCGGGCAGCGGCAGCGGCUCGUCAUCUGCGCGGCGUUCUGGUCAAAGCCGCACGUCAUCGCGCUCGACGAGCCGACCAACUACCUCGACAACGACUCCGUCGCCGCGCUCACCAAGGCGCUCAAGGACUUCAAGGGCGCCGUCGUCACCGUCUCGGAGAACGAGGCGUUCGUCAACGAGAUCUCGAACGAAAAGUGGGUCGUCGAAGAGGCUGCGGUCACGCUCGUGCAGCUGCGCGACGCGAAGGCACGCUGAAGUGCGCUGUGGACGCUCUCUCUCCUGCGGGCUGGCGGCUGCCACGCCGCUCACCUGCUCCACCUGCCCAGGAGCCCGCCCCGCCCCCGGCUCCCGUGUCUCAGCGAGCCAGCAGCAGCGACACACUUCUUCCCGGGAGAGUACACCGCUCGAUAUUAUGUAAAGCGGGGGGGGAAAUCUCGUAACUUCCUUACUGGAGAG